GAACGAUCGUGUCAGAGGGCAAUGGAUGAAGUUAGUCAGUCGGCGUUCGCUCGCGCCGCCACCGCGAUGGAAGUUCAUCCGUCGUGCCUUUGUUUCUGGAGUCCUCUCUGUUAAUCGCGAACUAGUCGAUUCGCUUCGAACGUAGAAACGCGGGAAAGUGUACGGUCGUUUUGGCUAUUCUCUUCGACGUUACGAAUGAUCGGCAGAAAUAACAUUGAUAUAGAAUGUAGUCUUCGCGGGCCCAUUUGAGAAUCGGAAUGUCAGGACCCGGAAAAUCGGCGAGACCAUUACGGCAAUUGUCUUUGCAACCAACUGCGCCCCGCCGUCAGCAGAUCAGGAGACAACGGUCCGCGGAGGAUGAGAAAUCUUUGCAGAUCUGCGCCAGUCCACUUCCACGUGGGAAACAUGGUUCCGGUAAACUUGGUUUCGAGAGGCCCAAGGUGCGCGUUGCCUGGAGCGAAAAUCACCGGAAGAAUGAGAAAGAGCUCGAACAAGUGGAAGUGGUGGCUCGUCAGAUCCCUGGACGAACCAGACCAGGGACCGGAAAAUCGAGGGGCUACAUCGGCAUCGAGAAGCCGCCAAUCCUUUGCUCCAGACAGGAAUUAGCCGAAAGAUUAAGGCUAGCUUGGAAGCAUCGCGAGGAGAACAAAACGAACAUCAACAUUUUCUUGGCUCAUGGCACCGUGGAGGACAGAUGCGACUCGGAGAUGUCCAGUCACGCGUCCGUUACCACCCCAUCAUCAUCAUCAUCAGCAUUGAGAGGAAGUAAUACUGACGAAACGAGAAUACUUUCCGACAACAGUACCAUCAUGCGAAAUAAACAGACUCGGCGAUUAGAAGCUCGGACAAGCUGCGAUGACAUCUUGAGAAAAGAAGACGAGAAUGCGAUGGUCAAAUCGGACACGGUUGCGAUCAAAGAUAGCGAUGCGUCGGUGAAUAAAGGCGAAGAAGAGUCUUCGAAUUUUAUGAAUUAUCAUCAAGAGAUGCAGAAGAUUGCGGUUGGAGAAGAUUCGGAAGUUUCGGAAAUUGCGAAGACGGAAACGUCAGGGGAGAGUGAUGCGAGGGGAAGACAGGAGGAUCUAACACCAGGGAACUCGAACAUCGACGACUGUGCCUUCAACCCCGCCAACGUCAAGAAGAAAACAUCGACGGCCUUAAACGUUUCCUCGACAUUGCCGUGCCUAAAAAUCGAGACUUCGCCGGCAACCGAUGCGAAAACAUCGAAGAACGAUCCGUCGUCGGCGAAACAAAAACGGGCUAUAUUUCACAGCGGUGCGAACAGAGCGUUCCUCGAUCCGAUAAGAACCGAGUACAAAUGGAGUUCGAUGGUGGAGAAAGUAAUGCCGGCCGUGAAAGCUGAGAAAGAUACGCCGAUUCCGAGCCAAGAAGCAUCGGAUGAUGCACGAACCGAUGACAUUGUAAUAUCGGCCGGCACGCUGGAGAAAAUUGCGACACUGAAGGUUAUAGCAGAGGCAAGUUCGACGAUCGACAAAUGUGCCCGUAUCGCUAAAAUCGAAAAUAAAGAUUGUCCGUUGGUGGAGAAUAAAGUAUUGCAGAAGACGCGUGAUGAUAAUAAGAUGACGUUUUCAAUAAUUAGAAGAACCGUAACAGCGGAUACGACAGUGGAGGAUAAAGAUGCCGCCAUUUCGGUGAACGAAAGACAUUCUACACCGAAGAAAAUAGAAUGUCAGAGGAUCGACCAAAAGUCGAGGAGAACCAGCUCGGCUCCGCCGCAAAGGCACUUGGGAAAUUUGUCGAACAAUCGAGUUCAGGUGAACAUCGUGAUCGACACACCGAGCUCGUUAAUUUCGGAGAAGCACAGCAACGAUAAAGAGAAGAUAGGCGCAGACAAUAAAGAUAACACGUCAGAAGGUGUCGACGUAACUUCCACGAAGGUGUCGUCGCAGAGAGCCGUAAGAUCGGCACCUUUGAAGAGGCGUUCGCGAAGCGUGAAGAAGCGUUUCUGUGGUGCCGGGUCCUGUAAGAACGACGAAGACGGAAGGUCGCGGAACCGUUCGUCUAGCCGAGGAAAGAAUUCGAGCGAUGCCAAAACUAUGGAUAUCGUUACAAUGGUGUCGCUUGUCAGUUCCGCGGACAGCGACAGCGAUACCGAGAAUUCGCCGAGGGAUGAUAAAUUAAUCGACGAGUUACGGAGCAAACUACCCACCACGUCAAUCAUCAAAACAUCGAUGAAUACCGCCUCGAGCAUCGCUAGGAGGCCCAUUAAGUCAGUUUCCUUUCAGAGGGACUCGUUCGACGAGGAUCUACCAAAAGAGCAACAACCCCUUGCGAAGGAGGAGAAAAAAACAGUGCAGCCCCGGCUCGCGAUCGUUAACCACCGUGGAAACGGUGGUAGCCUGUCGACCGAGGAAACGCCACCUUGGAGAACAGACAUCCCAGGAUUGGCCCUGCCUGUCCUCGCAUUGAUUCACGAUGCCGAGGAGGCAUCCCACGACAUCCCGUUGACUGACCGCGAAAAGAGAUGCCUGGCUGUGCCUAUCGGUGAUUUACACGACAAAAAGCGAAAGCUUCUGAAAACACGUAGCACACCGUCACGAUCAGAAAUGGAAAAACAAAUGAUGUCAUCGAAAAUCAAAAUACACGAAUCGCCAAGAAUCGUUCCGCAGAAAAUGGAAACGUUUCCGCAACAUGCGAAAACCCCGGUGAAUAAUUCUCCAACAAAUGUGAAGCAGACAUUUACGACAGCUUCGAGAGAAUCUGCUCAACAAGUACAACCAACGCCGACGGAACCGCAGUUUCAAACCAAUAAGGAGAAAGAAUGUUGGCACCUUUACAGAAAAAUGUGUGAUAAAGGCGUUUGCGUGUCAUUCGAUACCGUUUUAAGAGGCAUGCUUACACCAACAGAAUAUCGGUUGAGGCAGAAGAAAUUAUUUCAGAACUGAUAACAAACCGUAAAAUUGCUGGAUGAUUGCUUCAUCUACUUGUACAAUGUCCUACUUGCGUAAUAAAUGAUGACUUUGGCUAGAUUUAUUUAAACAACGAGAACAAUAUCGUAUGAUAUAUGAGAAAUAUAUAAGAAUAAUAUCGAAAUAAUGUUUAAAAAAAGAAAGAAGAAGAAGAAGAAGAAGUUGGUACCCAAUAUCAAAAUCGAGUAGCGAUACGAGCUCAUAGAAAAAGACAUAGCCCAGUAUUGUAUUUUCAGAUUUUAGAUACGAGUCGUAUAGGACACACGACAAGACUUUACCUCUUUAACGAACGGAAUAUUCGAAUUAGUUGUACCGAGUUUUAGAAAGUAAUCUAUACAUACUGACUGCCUAUUUUUUAGACCGUUUAUUGACACAAAUCUACUACAGUAUCAUAGAAGUUGAUCUAGUGAAUAUUAAUGCAGAAAAACAACCAGUUUAUAAAUCUAUAAAUUUAUAAAUUCAAACUCGAUAGACGUUGCUGUUAAUUAUUGCACGAUUUGAAAUAUACGAGAAUCGAACAGCACAUUGAAAUAUGUAAAAAUUAAACGAAUUGCUGUCCCAUUCUCACGUAUUCAAAGUUUUAUAUGACAUUUAUGAACCUGUUUCUUUGUAUGGUAAUAAUGUGUGGUUUAAUAAAACACUUAAAUUGUUGUUAA